AUGUCAGAUCUACUGAGAUAUUUAAAUUCCAUUGAUGAAACUUCAGAUUCAAUUAAAUCAUUAAAUUUUACACCACCAGGUAUAUUUACAAAUUCUUUAAUAACAAAACCAAAUAUUGUAUCAUUAUUAAGAGAUGCAGAUCAAUAUGAAAAUUCUUUAUAUCAAGUUGAUCCACAGGGAAAACCUGAAAGAUUAGAUGGUACUUUAGGGGUAGUUGAUACUUUAAAUGAUGAUUUUGAUCAUUUAGAAAUUCAACAACAACAACAAUUAAAUAAUGAAUUAAAUGAUCAAGAUAAUAAUCAAAUUUCAAGAAAACAAGCAGUUAUAAUACCUCAAAGGCAAAAUAUAAAUAAAGAGAAAAAUGAUGAAGAUAAAGGUGUGAAGAAUCUUUUGAAGAAAUUUAAUGAAACAAAUCAAGUUGAUUAUGAUGUUGAUGUACUUUGUGAAACCAUUAGACAAUUAUUAGAGAAAUAG